AUUGAGUUUUGGAGCACUGAAAAGUGAAAAGUGAAAAGAAAAGAAAUGGAGAAGGCGCUGAGAGCGUACGCGGAGGUUCUGAGGCUGGUUAGGUGUUUGCCUAAGGACACGAGGGCUUAUUAUGCCAAAUACGCUCGCGAGAACUUCGUCAAUUACCGUGAAGUCGAUGCUACUGAUUCCACUACUCUUCAUGAGCUCUUUCAACGCACCUAUAAUCAUUCCCUAUGGGUCCUUCAUAAGUAUUCGGUUGAAAAAUCUGCCGCGGAUAAGCUAAAGGGGAUAUGUUGCACUUAGUGCAUGUGUGUAUCGCAAUGCCUGCCAAAUGUUUGUUGUUAUUUCCCACUCAAGACCAAGGAUAGUUUUUGUAUUUAUCUCCUUGCCCCUCUUCCAAUUGUGAGAUUUUUUUUUUUGUAAAAACCAAUUGUGAGAUUUUGUCACGUCACUGUGAUCGCUAAGCUUCCUUGUUUUUUUAAUUCUAAGUGUCAGGUCAGGCCGUUACUGCACCCUUCAUAAUAAUUUGCAGUUGAAUUAGUGUUCAUUUUUAGCAACCAACGCAUUGAU